AUGCGUGCCUCAAAGUCUGCAGCUGCCUUGAUCUUGGGCGGAUCAAAGCCCGAGUUGGUUGGCAUCAAUGAAUUGCGGACCACAUCACUGAAUGGCUUGGGCACACUUACACGACCAAGGUCGGCGGGCCGGCUGAUCACACCACGGAAGGAGCUCAGUGCUGGACUGAAGCCCCGCACGCUGGUAAAGUUGGAAUUUCACUUCUGUCAGGGCGGCCACGGCAUGCAGUUCCAGAACCUCAUCGUCACUGGGGUCAAGGGACAAGCCAAAAAUCUGGGUGUCCAGAUUGGCUGGCGGGUUUACAUGAUUGACGGAGACAUCAUGGACAGUCCCACCCAGGUCUGGCAACGACUCCAGGAUGCUCAGUGGCAGUGGAGGACCGUCACUGUCGUCUUUUUCACCGACUACAGGGCCAUCCGCAUGGAGGAAAAGAUCAAGGAAGAAGAAGAGGAACGCCGCGAGGUGGAGCGGCUUGCGAAGUUGCCCUUCACCAGCACCUCCGAUGAAAAGCACUUGGAGCAGCUAAAACAGGAGUUUGUCUUCCAAGCGUAUAUCGAACGUGUCGAGGAUCGUGCGAUUACUUUGCAGCAGCUGCUCCGCGUCGUCGACUUCAGCAAGGUCAUGGACUUUCUGGACAACAAAGGCCUCGGUAAGUAUGCUGAAAAGAUCAUUGAAGUCACAGUUGCAUCCCUGGAUGACUUCAAGAUGAUUGACGCGCAGAUGGCCGAAGAAAUCAUUCAGACAUUGCAAUUGAAGCUGGUGUCGGCCCAGAAGCUGCGACAAGCCGUGGCAGAGGCCCAUGGUGCCCGUGGUGCCUAUGGUGCCAGCGAGGCAGAUUCCUGGUGUGCAAUCUCUGAGGCGCCACCCGCGCCGUCCGCACCGGCCGCGUCCACCGAAGCGGCGACCUGCGCUGCCGAGGCGCCCGAGGCACCCGAGGCCGAGUCGCUGGAGUCGCUGCAGGAAGUCAUUGCAAUUUGCAUCGACCGAUCAGGAUCCAUGGGAACACCCUUCGCAGAGGUCACAUUGAACGUUGUGAAAGGUGAGACGAAGGAUUCAGUAGCGCAGCGCACUCGAAUGGAAGCUGUCAAGGCCAUGUUCUAUGCCUUCAGAGAUCGUGUGGAGAGCAUUGGGAAUGAUAAGUAUCACCUCGGCUUGCUUCAAUUCGAUGACAAGGUGGAAUGCCUAUUGGACACCACCCCCUGCUUGGACCGUUUUGAAGCCGUGGUGGAUGACAUGAAGAAACGCGGUCAAACGGCCAUCUACUCGUCCAUCGUGGAGGCUACAAAGAUGUUGCAGAAAUAUUUCACACCUGACUCAAAGGUGGACUUGCGGGUCUUGGUCCUGACAGACGGUCAAAACAACUCGGGCGUUUCACCUGAAGCGGCCUGCGAAGCAGCAAACGCGAUUGGAGCUGUAGUGGAUGCUAUCCUGGUGGGGCACAGCCCAGACGCGGAUCUGCGGCGCAUCGUCACAGCCACAGAGGGCCAGUGCUUUUCCAUCUCUCACCUUGGAGAAGGUUUCGAGCUCUUGGAAUCUGAAGCAGUAGUUUCUUUGAAGGCUCGCCGCGGAGGAGCUGAGAAGCCACCCUUCGUACCACGCCAGGUGGACUUCCGGGCCAUUGCGCAGCGCGAAAUCAUCCAAGGCUCCAACGUGCCGCGUGUCAACGAUUCCACCAAGGAACGUUACGCAGGUGCAAAGGUGCUGUCCUUGGCAUCGGUGGAGAGCUGCAACAAGGCUACUCCAUUGGGGCCUGGUGCUGUGAAGCGAGUCUUGUCGGAGUUGAAACAACUUGGUGAGUCUUCCGCCCGUGGCAUCCAUAUCUUUCCUUCGGAAGACAUCAGCUUUUGGCGCGUGCUGUUGGAAGGGCAUCCUGACAGCCCUUUCGUGGGCGGCAUUUUCGCCGUGGACAUUGUGUUGCCGAACGACUAUCCUUUUAAGCCUCCCAAGAUCAACUUCCACACCCCGAUCUAUCACUGCAACGUGAACACGAAUGGCGCCAUUUGUCUGGAUAUCCUGAAAGAUUCAUGGAGUCCUUCGCUGAGCGUCUUCAAAUGUUUGGAGUCCAUCCGGGCUUUGAUGGCGGAUCCCAACCCAGACGAUGCGAUGAGACAAUGGAUUGCCGAACUCACCUUGGCGCAUAAGCAGAGCAAUGGAGCGGACACCCGAUACUUUGACCAGGCUCGAGAAAACACAGCGAAGGACGCCAGUCUGGACAUCGAUGCUCGGCAUAUUUCGGAUAGGGAAAAUGGAAGGUUGGAAGGCCAAGUGGGGAAUCCAAUGAGCAGUUGCCGGAAUGAGAUCUUGCAGAGCAUUGUCACCGGUGGCGAGACACUCGACCUGUCUUUAUGUCAAAGAGUGCUGGCUGAAGACUCAGCUCAAGGGCACCAAGGUGCACAGCGCUUUUCUUCAAGGCGUCCACAGCUGGCACAGGAGUCGAAAACUGCACAUCGACUUCAUGAACUGGUACUGACAAAGCUCAAAGAUGUCUUACCGAUUUCAAAGGCAGUUCCAAGACUGAAAGGUUUGAUCGAAAAGACUAGUGACUGGAAUCUCGAUUUCACUCAGUGUCAUUUGGAAGCCUGGUUGGUCAGACCCGCCACUGCGGAGAAGGACUGUUCGCUGCUGGAGAUGUUGACCAGUCAGGAGCAGCCUCCGGCCUUCUACCUCAUCCACUACUGGGGAGAUUUGGUGCUGAACCUGAUCGAUGCAAUCCGGGUUCACAUGCAGAGCAGGAAUUUGGAAGAGACUACGACCUAUUGGAUGGGGCUUUUUGCCAAUCGACCACAUUCCUUGCAGGAUGCAUUUUGCCCAGAGCUGAAGUCCACAUGCUUCCACAAGGCCAUGGCAGCCUGCAACUUCAAAGUGGUGCUACCCAUCGACCCACAGACCACAACUUUGAUGGGCACCUGCUUUUCGCGCCUGUGGUGCUUGUAUGAACUGGCCAUGUGUGACCAGCCCAAUGUUCAGCUGGACCUGAUUCAAACCAAACUCGAUAUGCAUUCGCCUGUGAAGAAGACGUGUAUGGUGUCACAGCUUCUGACGAAGGAGGAGCAGGAAGCGGAACUGAGAGCACCCACCUCUGGCUACAAGGCCCAAAGCGACAGGGAGAAGUCCUUCAGCUUGACGACCAUGGACAUGGCUCUCAGUGUUUCUGUGGCAAAGGCUCAAAUCACAAGCCCUACAGAGCGUCGGCAGAUUCUGAACAGUCUUUGUCACCGGGAUGCAUCAGAAGAGGUAGUUGAAGAGCACCCUGAGAUUGGGCAGUGCUCCAAGCGUUUGCGUGCGCUCUUUGCCUUAGCCUUUUGGCGUCGAGUGAUGGGCGGCAACGUCAGCGACAGCGAUGUUCACCGGACCCAGCUGAAAUUGGUAGAUGCAUUGCAUAAAGGUUUCCCUCAUAGAUGCUUGGAACUCGACAUGGCUUUCAUGCAAGUUUGUUCGGAGAAGCUGAAGAUGCUUCGAAGCGCUUUUCCACCCGGACUACAAGAGCUAAAGCUCGAUUUGAGGGAAGUGGAGCUGAGAAACGAGGACAUCAUCGCACUCGCUGCGGGUCUUCCAAGAGAUUUAGAGGAUCUUACUUUGCAGCUUGCAGGAAAUGAAGAGCUCAAUGAUGAUGGGGUGGAGGUCUUCAUCAGCAAGCUCCCAAACAAAAUGCGAAGCAUGGCAUUAGAUCUCAAAAAGACGUCUGUCGGCAAAGAGCUGAUGCAAAGACAGGGAAACUACGAGAGCAUGCGCCAAUAUUUAGCAGAGCAGGCUGCGAAGGCCAUACAAUGCACCUUCGUCAACAUCCUUCCUUCGGCGUUCGCAGCCACAGAAUCCGACAGAAUCUGCAGUCAGAUCCUGUCACCAGCUGUGGCCAAUUCAGCUGCAACUGAGUUUGUGCUAAAGGCAACUGGCUCACUGCCAAACCUGUUGGCCAAGAGGGCCGCAAUGCCCAGCUUGGAUUUGACCACUUGUGACAUGUGCUACAGCCUGGCGACAUUGAACCCAGCGGUUUUGCCUGCUCAUAUCCACACGUUCACGCUGACGCUUGGUGCUGGGGACCAUCCCUAUGAAUGGGGGGGCAUCUUCGAAACACCAGAGAGCAACUACAUGUGGACGGCGCAGAAGGUGAAUCAAAACUAUGCCGAUCCGAGCUUGACGAUGGUGGCUUGGCCAGUCACAACCUUCACAAAGGAGGCCUUGCAUGCUUUGGAGGAACAAGCAGAGGAUGCGAUGAACAUGACUUGCACUGACGUGCAGGCUGGAGGCACCAUUGUCCCUGCCAGCAACACUUGCUUCCGCUUGGUCUUCCAACAGAUUGCGUGGCAGUCCCUUUACAACAUCGACGCCAGCUCGGCAGCAGGCAUUGCCUUCUUCACCAACCACGUGCCCACCGAGUUUGAAGCUACGGCCCACUACCUCAAGGACGAUCAUGGCGACGACAUCGAGCCAAAGGCGACCAUCCCGGAGGCAGCGGCAAAAGCGACUGAAGAGACUACUGACUGGGGCCCUCCUAUGCUAGGAGCACUGGCUGUGAACUUGGCCACCUUCAUUGGAGUGUUUCUGCUAUUCCCGCCUGUGAAGAAAUUGUCAGCGAGGCCUCUCUUUGGUGCCAUGCUUUUUGCCUUCGCAGCCGGUGCUUUGUUGGCCUGCGCCUUCUUCUUGCUCCUCUUUGAAGCCACUCACCUCGUGGCAGUGGGGUGGAGUGCUGAGGUUGAUGUGCUUUGGCGCUGGGGGACCAUGAUCUUGGCCGGCCUGGUCUUGCCACCUGUCGCGGAGACGAUUUGCAGUAUCAUCAUGCUGGCGGUCAAGGGUGGGUCUGCGGCCUCCCCCUCUGGUGAGGAGUCUUCUGUUGAGGCGGGAAAGGCAGAGACAGAGGAUCCAGUCGCCAAGUUUAGGGCCACAGCUCGGCUUGUAGGAGCAGUUGUCAUUGGAGACUUCUUCCACAACCUUUGUGACGGUUUUUUCAUUGGCGCAGCCUUCAAAGGCUGCGGAAACUCCUUUGGCUGGAGCGUGAUUGCCGGCACCAUUCUGCAUGAACUACCCCAGGAGGUAGCUGAUUUUGUGAUCUUAACGGGCCCAGAUGUUGCUUUGGGCAUCGCAAAGGCUUUGGCUGCAAAUUUCAUCAGUGGUACCAGCGUGCUCAUCGGAACUGCCAUAGUGCUUUCUGCACAAGUUGAUGACGCUACCAUUGGUUUGAUCCUAGCCUUUGGCGGCGGUGUGUACCUGCACCUGGGUGCCACAGAUUGCCUGCCCAAACUGUAUGACCCCAAGCUGGGCUUCGGGCAGCGUCUGGCAGCUUUUGCGGCUUUUGUGCUGGGAGCCAUUGUGAUCGGCUUGAUACUGAUUGGCCACGAGCACUGCGAGAUAUCCGAAUAUCCAGCAGAAUAUUCAGCAUCGAAACGAUUUGGUUCCAAGAACUUUAUGCUGAAGCUGCGCUAUGAAGCUUUGAUGACGGCGCCGAGCCCCCAUCCAAACGCCCCAGUCCUCCAGCGCGGAUGCGCACCCGUCGACUCUAGAGGUGAAGCAUGGUGAAACUCUGUGGUGUCAGGUAUCGGACCAAAACCUCCACAAAUUGACCAAAUACACUACGUAUGUAAAACCCAGCCGUGGUUGCGGCCCUGCAACUAGUGAUGUCUCAUGAUUUUGUAAUUCUAUUUAAUUCAUUCAUACAAUUAAGUUUGAUCGGCCUCUGCAAAAACACCAUGGGGUUGAUGCUGAAAGGGUCCUACGCCGAGGACGGGGCAUGUCACCUACAC